AUGUGGUAUUGAAACAAGACAGGGAGAGAAUAUGCGUUAUGUACCUCUUCAAUUUUGGAGCUACAUGAACAUAUAUUUAAAAACAACUGUAGAUUCAAAAAAGAAAGGUUCGCAAAACGUUUAUAAGCAUUUGGUGCAUUUCCACGGGAAAACCUCUGGGUGUCGCUGUAGGUCAAAAAAGUGAGAGAAAAAGCAUUUGGGAGUCUCUUAGAGGGUAACUUCCUGCUCAAACCAGCCACAUAGAGGACACCAGUACUGAUUCGGAUACAGAAAACAAAAGCAGGAAAAGCGACCCUACCCGGGAUUUUGCCAUCCACAGAGGGCUUAAUUCUCCUCCCAUCCAAAAAGCAGAGCCACCGUGAAGGGAGACAGGAUGAGGCCGAGGCCGAGCGCAGAAAGGAGCAGCCCAGCGCGGUGGCGGCAGGUAUUGUUGCCCUUCCUGCUGUCUUUGUUCCGCGGGGCUCUUCCAGAUCAAAUCCGCUAUUCAAUUCCCGAAGAGCUGGCCAAAAACUCGGUGGUAGGAAACCUCGCCAAGGAUCUGGGGCUCAGUGUCCGGGAUUUGCCAGCCCGGAAGCUGCGGGUUAGUGCGGAGAAAGAAUAUUUCACUGUAAACCCUGAGAGCGGGGACUUACUUGUGAGUGACAGAAUAGACCGAGAGCAGAUAUGCGGAAAGAAGCCUCUGUGUAUUCUGGAUUUCGAUACUGUCGCUGAAAACCCACUAAAUAUUUUCCAUGUAGCAGUAAUAGUACAGGAUAUAAAUGACAAUACCCCGCUAUUCAAACAGAAUAAUAUUGAUUUAAAAAUUGGAGAAUCCACUAAGCCAGGUAAAACAUUUCCAUUAGACCCGGCCCUGGAUUCAGAUGCUGGCCCAAAUUCACUGCAAAGAUACCAUCUUAAUGACAAUGAACACUUUGAUCUCAUAGAGAAACAGGCUCCAGAUGGACGUAAAUAUCCUGAGUUGGUUCUGAAACAUUCACUAGACAGAGAAGAACAGAAUCUCCAUCAAUUGGUUCUAACAGCUGUGGAUGGUGGAGACCCACCCCAAAGCGGCACCGCUCAGAUCCAAAUCCAAGUGACCGAUGCCAACGAUAAUGCCCCAGUUUUCAUCCAGGACGUGUACAAGGUCAGCCUGCAGGAAGGUGUACCUCUGGGCUUCUCCGUGCUUCAAGUAAUGGCCACUGAUCAGGAUGAGGGCGUCAACGCAGAAAUCACCUACUCCUUUCAUCAUGUGGAUGAACUAGUGGAAAAGUUUUUUAACUUAGAUAAAAGAACAGGUGAAAUCACAACAAAGGAUAAUUUUGAUUUUGAAAUUGCUAAUAGUUACACUCUCAGUGUAGAAGCAAAAGAUCAUGGAGAUCUAGCAGCCUAUUGCAGUAUCCAAGUUGAAAUUCUCGAUGAGAAUGAUUGUGCACCUGAAAUGGUUAUUACUUCGGUAUUUACUCCGCUACCAGAAGAUUCACCACCAGGAACUGUGAUCGCCUUGAUAAAAACAAGAGAUAGAGACUCUGGAGAAAAUGGAGAAGUUUACUGCCGCAUCUUGGGAAAGGCCGAGUUUAUAUUGAAAUCUUACUCCAAGAACUAUUACAAGCUAGUGACAGACGGGCCCCUGGACCGGGAGGAGAAUCCAGAAUAUAACAUCACUAUAAUGGCCACCGACAGAGGUAAGCCGCCCCUCUCCUCUAGUAUAAACAUCACUCUGCACAUCGCAGAUGUCAACGACAACGCGCCAGUUUUCGAACAGGUUUUCUAUUUGGUUCAUAUUGCCGAGAACAACCCUCCAGGAGCCUCCAUCGCCCAAGUC